AUGAGCGCAUCAAAUAAUUCUCUGGAAGAAGAAACCCUCGAACUCGAAAUAAACAGAGAGAAUGGUUCCAGACAUCUCGUUUCUCCUGGCUCGCCUAUGCAUAUCGCUUCACCCAACGACGCAGUCUUCAAUUUCGAGACAUCGGAAUCAAGUGUUUCUGAUGAGAUAUAUGAGCCGUAUACUGAUAAUCCAACAGAAAUAUCUGCUUCAGCUCCUCUGUUAUUGGUAAGUGACGCAAAUCAGAUAUUAAGAAGAAAAUUAGCCGACUGGAUCGGACGUUAUGCUAGCAUGGUGACUAAUUUAAUGGCGAUAUCCUCAGACGUCGUCAGUUUUGCAAUAAGUCUUCUGUCAAUAUAUCUCGCACGACGACCGGCGACUAAGAAUCUCUCUUAUGGUUAUCAUCGUGCUGAGAUCUUGGGUGCGCUUAUUUCAGUAUUCAUAAUCUGGGGCCUAACCGGGUAUCUUGUAAUGGAAGCAAUAGAACGUUUGAAAAAUCCUCAUGAGAUAGACGGUAAGACUAUGUGUCUUAUCGCGGCCAUUGGAGUUGGUGUUAAUGUCGUCGCUGCAAUGUUGCACGUCUUGGGCGAUCUCUUAUCGUCAAUAGGUGUCCUCAUUUCAGCCAUCGUUAUAAUGGUCAGCCCGGAUAAAGUUUGGGUCGACCCUAUAUGCACAUUUGCAUUCUCCGCGCUUGUGAUAGCCACAACGUUCGGUGUCUUGAGGGCUGGUAUUAGAAUACUGAUGGAAGGCACUCCAUCACAUAUUGAUUGCCAAGCUGUGAGGCAAGAUUUAGAGAAUAUAGAAGGCGUAAAGAAUAUACACGACUUACACAUAUGGGAAUUGACUGUUGGCAGGGCAAGCCUAACUGCUCAUAUCAGACUUCACCAGUAUGAUCCUGAUAUUCACUCAUCUCCUCCUUCUCCGGCGAAGAUUCUCCAGCAAGCUAGAUAUUUGUUAAAGAAGAAGUAUAAUCUUAGCCAUGUGACUAUCCAAAUAGAUGGAUGA